AUGGCCAGCGGUUGGGGCCUUCCGACGGCCUUUUCCCGGGCCUGUGCCCAAUAUACGAUGUCUUUGGGCUCCGUAGCGUUCUGCGGAGCUGAGAGUGCCUUUCAUGCUUCAUGGCCCUGUCUCCCUCGCAGGAACAUUGUUGGAGAGCUGGUGCCAGAGGAUAUUGCUUUUCCAGUUGGAUUUGCUUGGAGUACAGCUACAACAGCAUAUCAAAUUGAAGAAGGCUGGAAUACAGAUGGAAAGGGCCUUAAUGUCUGGGACACAUUCACCCAUCAGGGAGGAGAUCGAGUUUUCAAGAACCAGACUGGUGAUGUAGCUUGUGGCAGCUACACUCUGUGGGAGGAAGAUUUGAAAUGUAUCAAACAGCUUGGAUUGACUCAUUAUCGCUUUUCUCUUUCCUGGUCACGUCUGUUACCUGAUGGGACGACAGGUUUCAUCAACCAGAAAGGAGUCAAUUGUUGCAACAAAAUCUUUCAUGACCUGAGAAAUGGCAUCUGCUACCCAUAUCACUUUGACGUACCUCAGCCUUUAGAAGAUGAAGGUAGGUGGAGAUCUUAAAAGAUCACUGGGGCUUUUGAUAUUCAUGAAAAGUAUUGCUUCAGAACAUAUGGAGACUUAGUAAUCACUAUUAAUGAGCCUUACAUUGUUGCUAUAAAUAAAAAAGUGACUGAAGGGUACUUGUCCUUUACCUUAGAUGGGUUUGUCAGAAUGAUACUUCCUGAUGGUGGCUAUCCAGCAAUCGUGAAGUCUUGGAUUUCUGUAAUACAUUCAAAGCAAGGUUACUUAUGAUCAAAGCUUCUGCAAUUUACUAAAGAAGAAAAAAAAAUUGUUGUGGCUACUGCUGACUUCUUUUGUCUGAACUAUCACAAAAAUGAUCUUUCUGAUGCCAGCAAAAAGAUAGAGGGUAAUGCGUCUGAUUUUAUGGGCUUUCUUACAUCUGUUCUGAAUAAAACUUCUGCUCUCUUGUACUGGGCAACAUAUAAUAACCCUAUAAUUUACAUCACUAAGAACAGGUUUUCCCAAAGUGACCCUGCUCUACUUGAUGACAGUCAACGAUGGGAGUAUUUCAGGCUGAUUUUAUAG